UGGCCACGGCUGCUCCCCAGUGCGUCUUCCGCCCGGGUAUCCGCUACCGCCCCUCUUCUCUGCUGGAUCCAUCCCACCGAGAGGAGUUGAUGCUGCUGUCGUCGCCGCCGCCGCCGUAGCUGAAACCGCGGCUGAUGGAUGCCAGGAAGUGCCGCAUUGCUUAGCGUCCCCGCCUCCGGGUUUGCUGGUAGGAGCCGUCUGCUCUUUCUUCCCUCUUGCUCUGGGGUUUUAUAGAAAAGACGCUCUUUCCCCGCCUGGAGCUCAGCGCCGAGAAGCCACCUUAUUAUUAAUCAGAAUCCCCAUCGUUAUCCCUGGCUAGAGCAUCCUUCGGUACGGACCGCAGAAGCGUCGAAGCGCUGCGGCUGAGAUGUGCGUGGGGGUUGUUUUUGUUACAUCUUGGGAGAGAAGAGGACAGUACCAAGAUCAGCACCACCCGCGCGGGGUGAGAUUAGGCGUGUUUUGCUAGGGGAGUGAAGGGACGAGAAGAGGAGCGCUGGGACGGCCAAAGGUGCGCAUCGCUUUAGAGGAAAGGGAAGAGGGAAUCCGAGUGGGGGCGGUUUUUCAAGGGAGUGGGAAAAGAAGUUUAUAUCCUUCAUAAAGAAGCCGUGGGAAAGCGGGAGCAACAGGGUACUUGAUUGGACACAAAGACAAAUCAUUUCCUGUAAAGAAGAGGAAGCAGGCAUCUUUGAGGUCUGGAGGCCAGAGUGUGGUGGUGUCAAGCUCCAGGUUUGUUGUGGGACAGUCAGCAGGAGGAAGGGAAGGCUCAGGAACAAACAGAACAAUGACUCAUUUACAAGCUGGGCUGUCUCCCGAGACCCUGGAGAAAGCUCGCCUGGAGCUCAACGAGAACCCAGACACACUGCACCAGGACAUCCAGGAGGUGAGGGACAUGGUCAUCACCAGGCCGGACAUUGGCUUUCUGCGCACGGACGAUGCCUUCAUUUUACGGUUCUUGAGGGCCAGGAAGUUUCAUCACUUUGAGGCCUUCCGUCUCCUGGCCCAAUACUUUGAGUACCGGCAGCAGAACCUGGACAUGUUUAAAAGCUUCAAGGCCACUGACCCUGGCAUCAAGCAGGCACUGAAGGAUGGCUUCCCUGGGGGCCUGGCCAACCUGGACCACUAUGGCAGGAAGAUACUAGUCCUUUUUGCUGCCAACUGGGAUCAGAGCAGGUACACACUGGUGGAUAUUUUGCGUGCCAUCUUGCUGUCUUUAGAAGCCAUGAUUGAAGAUCCUGAGCUUCAAGUGAAUGGAUUUGUUUUGAUCAUAGACUGGAGUAACUUCACCUUCAAGCAAGCCUCUAAACUUACACCCAGCAUGCUGCGGUUGGCUAUUGAAGGCCUUCAGGACAGUUUCCCAGCACGAUUUGGAGGAAUCCAUUUUGUCAACCAGCCAUGGUACAUCCAUGCCCUAUAUACUGUAAUCCGGCCUUUCCUAAAGGAGAAGACUCGGAAAAGGAUAUUUUUGCAUGGUAACAACCUGAAUAGUCUACACCAACUAAUUCAUCCUGAGAUCCUGCCCUCUGAGUUUGGAGGAAUGCUGCCCCCCUAUGACAUGGGAACAUGGGCCAGAACACUGCUAGACCACGAGUAUGACGAUGACAGUGAAUACAAUGUGGACUCCUACAGCAUGCCUGUGACAGAAGUAGAGAAGGAACUCUCCCCCAAGUCCAUGAAGAGAUCCCAAUCUGUAGUGGAUCCUACAGUACUAAAACGCAUGGAUAAAAAUGAGGAAGAAAACAUGCAACCUUUGCUCUCUCUGGACUGAUAACUUCUUUAUACUUCCCAUGGACUAGAAAAGAAAGGUACUUGUUUUCAGCAACAGAGACAGCACUGUGGAGGAAUUACCAGCUGAAAACUUAUUUAUUCUUGUUAAUGUAGCAUAAUAUAUAAUAAGGCAUCAGGCUUUUCCAUUUGCCUGAACCAUGGGGGCCCUGGUCUAGAUUAAAAUGUUAAUAAUUUAUUCUGUAAGUGCCAAGUUCUUUGUAAAUACAAUGUAAUCUUUAUGUCAAGUUUGUAAAUUUUGGUAAUGACUAAAAAUGGAGAAAUUUGGCUCAUGAGCUCAUGCAAGCGAUGUGAACUGUAACAGCAACAGCAACAAAGACACAUAAAUAAUCAAAGCUAAUUAAAUGUAGCCCUGUUUCCUAUGAAGCCAUAUUUCAAUUCUCAUAGUGAUUGUUUCAUUGUUUUCCUCUGAAACUCUGUCAUAUUCAAAUGUACUUUUAAUGGGCACAGGGAACUAGAUGAUUAUAGGAAAUUAUUAUGAUAAAUGUAUUUCCUGUCUAGUGAUUUUCAUUUCACAGAAAAUGUAUUCUAGUGACUAUCACUGGCCAUGUAUUUUGGAGACAAAGAAUAGCAGUUAAUCUGGUAAAUUGAAAACUUGAACUCUUCUAUGUUAUUUAAUUCCUGGAUUCUUGUAAAAAAGGUAUGUUUUCCAAAUUAAGAUGUGGAAUUUUGAAAGAGAGUGGAUUCUUUUUUAAACUGCUGUCUUCACAAUGUAUCCUUUAUUCCAGAUCCCACUGAAUCCCUGUCUGACGUACUUUAAGAACAUUUUCCCCUCAAAAAUCUUUGACCAAGAGAAAGAGAACUCAUGCAUGAAUAGUGUUUUGACAGCUAAUUUUGAACAUAAAAGUUGAUACAUACUGAUAAGGGGCUAAUUCCUAAUUAUUGUGCACUGGUUGAUAAAGCACAUAUAUGCACACAUACAUCUACUUUUGCUGAGCUGUAAUAAAUCCUUGAGAUGACAGGCUUAUAAGAUAAAACAUACAUAUUCAAUGGCCUUAGAGAUGAUAGAGAUUAUUAUAUGAGAUGCUCACUCUGGAAAACUAUUUUCUCUACAGUUAAUGAAAAUGAGGUAUAGCGAAACAGACUUUUAGUGAACCUAUUUAAGGGAAUCCUGCUUUGUAUUGCAAUCUUGAAUCCAUGCCAUUUUAGUGAAAUGUAUUUUUCAAAACAACAGGUCUCAACAUAAUGUAGGCAGUGUCAGGUGAUCAAGAGUAAUAAAGUUUUUCUCAAAUUUAAGUUAAUUAUCCUAAUGAUCCUAUAAAUACACAUUUUCUUUUCAGAAAAGAUUAAAAGAACAUAUUGCAUCCAGGAGACACAGUGAAAGCAUCUGAGGGCAUCUGAGAUAGCAUAGUAUAGUUUAAAUAUAGACUUGGAAUCCUCAUGUCAUUGAAAGUUUCUGUUUCAUAAAAAUUCUGCAAUUAUAGCACAUUUUAAAUAGCUUACUUUAAAUUUCAAAUCUCACUGUGAAAAAAAUCAGGAAUUUUACCACCAUUUUAGAUUGGUAAGUUUUGAGAUUGAGAAUGUACCAUUAAAGUAUUCUUUUGAAAGAAAAAUAUCUCAAAAAACUCUUGGAAACCAGCAAAAAUGAAGGCAUGUAGCAAGCUUUCCAUACUUUUUAGCUAAAAGCUUAAAAUUUUUCAGUUGUAAUUCUACAGUGAAAAAUCUUAAAAUCAAGAUCAGUACAGUUUGAAGUAUCACCAAUGAACUAUUUCAUAUUUGUAAAAAUACAUAAAUAUACAUAAAUAACAUAAAUGAAAGAUCCCUUUAAAAUGCCAACCUCCAGUCCAGUGUAGAAGAUUAAUGACUGUCAGGUACUCCGUUCUACUCAUAAACAUCAUAGAGAUGAGAAUGAAUUUAGUAUAAAAAACAGCAAGCAACAACUCUUAUCUUUAUAAGAACCCUGACCAUUGCAUGUUUUGCCAAACUGACAUACAUUUUACAGCCUUGGGCUUUAUAUAUUAUAUUAGCAAGUGUUAGGCAAUAUGGUGCAUUGAAAUGAAGUGCAAACAAAAUAUAGAAGGCAGUGAACAUUUCAUUCUCAUUGCUUUCUUUUUUCAUUUAAUGCCAAUUUUCAGAAUUCUACCAGCUUCAAAUGUCAACUAGCAUAGCCAGCUUCUUUCCCCUAUCAUUAGACUGGUGUCAUAUAAAAAUAACAAGGAAGACUUAUUUCUUAGGUCUUUACCUAUCUCAUUAUGAAGUAUCAUACACGCUGUCCUCCUACCCCGCAUUUGGGAACUUUGCAUAGGCAUGGCUGCUGGUCUGCUCUUUCUCAAGUGAGUAACUGAGAUUUGGCAGGGUUGUGUAAAAUAUUUUAAAAUGAAUGAACAAAACUACAACAAUGAAGCCUUUUGAAAUAGCUGUAUCUAAUUCAGCCUGUGAGUAAACUCAUUUCCUAAGAAUGUGUUUGAAGCUCCAUAGUCAAGAGAUAUAUGGUCAAGUUUAUAAAAUUUCCCCUCAGCCUCAGCUAACUAGUACCGAGCUAUUUUUUUCCUCUCAUGAUUUUUUGUCCUGUUGCUGUGUCUGUUGUUACAAAACUUAGCAAAUAAGCACCCCUAGAUUUCAAUUUAACUGCAAUAGUCCACUCCCAUGCACACACACUAACCCCCAAAUACUAGACUAUUUGCCCUAGUGAAUUUGCUUAUUUUGAGAACUAUGCUUUGGUUUUUUAGGUAUCUUCUACUGAAAAUAUAUAGACAUCAAAGGAUUAUCACAUUUGAUUUGGAAUAGUCCACUAGUUCAUUUACUUCUCUUACCCUACUUGCUCCACCUUCUAUUCUUGUAUCUUUUCUUUCUUCCAGUGUUUCAGGGGCAGCUGUUUCCAAAGCUGUUUUAAAAAUAAUGACUUUUCUUAUGUUGUCAGUGAUAGCUGCACACAUUUUUGACUAGUAUUUUAAAUGGAAGAGAUUAUCAUGACAAUAUACUCUAAGAAAUAUUGAGAAGUGCCUCUUUAAAAAUGGAAUAAAGCAGUGAUACUAGAAUAUGGAUUCUAUUUGUACUCUCUUCCAAAAAAAUACAUUUAUAUGGUACAGAUGAAAUAUAGAUUACCAUUUGAAGAAGGCUAUUUGAGGCCUUGUUGUGAGCAUUCUUGUACAGUGUAAGUCUUUAUUGUGUAAGUCCAAUACAGUAAUUUGAGCACAUGUUAUUGACAAACCUGGCACUAUGUUAAAACAAUAUACAAGUAUUAAAUAGAGUUUUGCAAGCAAGUUUUUGAAGUGGGCAUGCAUUAUUUCUUCUAUUUCAAUAAUAGUUUGCAUAAGUGUAGGCAAAGACACUCCUUAAGCCUUUUCAUAUAAAAUGCUUGUUUACAGUACUGAAAAUUCAUAUAUUCAUAAGCAGAAAACCCAAACAGCUAGGUUCCCUUUAAUAUUGUGGACUAGGUCACAUUGUUAAGCAUUUGAAGUAUCUGUACUAGUCCUGAGGGAACAGAAAUGUCUCUCAUGCAUCAAGAAAAUGGAGAGUUGUUUUAGACAUCGGAGAACAUAUUCAUUACUCUUCACAAAGGGAAAAGCCUUAGACUCAUGGCAGUGAGACUUCAGGGACAGACUUCUCUUUCUUCUAGAAGCAACCUAAAGGAUUAUGGACAUGGUUGUGGCCCUUUAGAAAAGUUAUACCAAGAAAAUCUGCUGAGAGGCUAUACUAUACAUUUUUCUGUUGUUUUAUCUAAAUGUCUAAUUUGUUUGGUUAGUUAAUAAUAUAUCUCUUUGCUUCUUAUUUUGUAUUAAUAUGUUUACUUGAAAAAUUGCCAUCAGCCAUUAGGAUAUUUCAGAAUGAUUUUCAACACACAAAAUAAAAUGAGCAGAGAUCUAGCAUAGUAUUUGAAUUUCAGGAUACAGUAUUUACAUUUUUACAUCAAUAACUUAAUAGGCAUAUGUUUCAUUUUGUGUGUACUAAAUAGAUAUAUAACCUAAAAAACGAUGGUGCAUUUUAAAUUUAUGAAGUCAUUAGAUCAUGUAAGAAGCAGCAGGUAACAUAAAAUAUUUUGAAACAAAAGUAGACAAUUGGCUAAAUAUUCAGGGUAUAUAAUUAUCUUCAGUAGUGAAAAGUAUUUGUUUUUGUUUUAGUUGCUUUCCAAUAUGCUAUUGAAACUAUUCAACAUGACUUAUUUUUUGAAAUAUGGCAAAUAAGUAAAAAUACAAAAGGAUGCUUGGCCUUGAAAUAUUAUUAUAUCAUGAUAUUAAUGGCUUAGAGAAGAUAAUUUUUUCACAAAAUCAAGUUGUUAUUUUGUAAACAUCUGUAGAUUAAUCCUACAUGUUGAGAUAAUACUAAGAAGUCUCUUCUGUAUUGAAUGGAGGAAUAUAUUCUCCGGAACUGUAGGAAAAAAUAUAAAAUAGUAAUGCUAUGGAUUGAAACACCCAAGUUGUACUGGAGGAGUGAAAAUGAUACUGUUGAAAUUAAAAAAAAAAUAUUUAGGAACCAAAUAAGUAUAGGACUUAAAUAUAAUAAAUGCACUUUUAUAGUACACAGUGGACCUUGUUACAAUUUAGAAGGUAUUUGGUCAGUAUUUGACUUAGUUUCAAUGCACAUAUUUUUGUCCUUAUUAAUAUCAAUACAUUUAUUCUGUCAUAAUUAUUUCUUGUGGUUAAUGAAAGGGACAUAGAUGAAUAGAGAAAUAAAUUUUAACAAAACUUUAAAAAGUGAAUUGAUCCUAAACUAUUUUGAAAAAUUACAAUAAAGUAUAUAUAAUGGGUUUAUAAAUAACAGAGGUGCAAAGAAUUGUCUUUGUUGCGAAUCUAGUUUUCAUAUUUGUUAAAAGAUAAAUAAAACUCUAAAGACCAAGUAAUUUUUGUUUUCAAAACUCCCAGAAAAAGUAAGAUGUAUAAGAAGUAAUUAUGCAAGUCCUUGAUAAGAAUACUAAGCACAGUAGUAUUUGGCUCAAAUACUUUUGACCUUUUGAGGGACAUAUUUAUUUUAAUACAGUAUCAUAAAUGAUAUAAUGCAAUUUUUGAAUAAAUAAACAUUUCUGCUUUAAAGAAGCAUUUAUUUUGCAUAUGGCGAAUGUUCAAUUUGGGUAGUGGAUCUGUUGCAUCUGUGAAAUGGAGAUUUCUAAAAUGUUAUCUAAAAUAAACAAUAAUAACUUUGUUAUGAGAAAAAUUGUAGUUAGCUAUUUGGUUAGGACACACAAAAUUUUCUGAUAUUUGAAUGUUUGGGGCUUAAAGGGGAGACAGUUCUUUUUAUCAAGAUGAUAUUUUCAGUAUAUUAAACUUUUAUACAAGCUUUCAAAGCUAGUUUGAAUAAAUAAGUAAAGUAACUUUUAAGUUGCAUAUACCAAUGAGAAUUGAUCAGUAUAUACAAUAACAAAAUUACUGGAUUAGACAAGAGA